UGAUAUUUGAGUCGCGUUUUCGGAAUCCGACGAACAGCGCAGCGGUCGCAGAACGUAGAGUUUAGUGACGUCUGGAAAUAUAUAUACGCAAAGUGGAAUUUUGUGUUGAGUUUUGGUUGAUGAAUCGGUACAUCUGAGAAAAAACUCCUUCACGGACAAAAACAUUCGAUUCGAACACCAUGGCCGACAACGAGCAGAAGGCGUUGCAGCUGGUCGCGGAGGCCGAGAAGAAGUUGUCGUCGUCGAAGAGCUUCUUCGGCGCACUCUUUGGAAGUUCAUCAAAAGUUGAAGAGGCGGUAGAAUGUUAUCAACGAGCGGCAAACAUGUUCAAGAUGGCAAAGAAGUGGAGUGCUGCGGGAAAAGCAUUUUAUGACGCGGGUGAAUUACAUGGAAAAGCAGGCAGUCGCCAUGAUGCGGCUAAUAAUUUUGUAGAUGCUGCUAAUUGUUUCAAAAAAUCAGAGACACAUGAGGCAAUUAGUUGCUUGUUAAAAGCUAUUGAAAUUUAUACCGACAUGGGCCGUUUCACAAUGGCUGCGAAACAUCAUCAAAGCAUAGCCGAGAUCUAUGAAAGCGAAGCGGUUGACCUGGAACGUGCGGUGCAUCAUUACGAACAGGCUGCAGAUUAUUUUCGCGGUGAGGAAAGUAAUUCCUCAGCAAACAAGUGUCUUUUAAAAGUUGCGCAAUACGCCGCACAACUUGAGAAUUACGAUAAAGCUAUUCAGAUCUAUGAGCAGGUUGCUUCUGCAUCAUUAGAAAGUUCUUUAUUAAAGUACAGCGCUAAGGAAUACUUUUUCCGCGCUGCACUGUGUCACUUAUGUGUAGAUUCAUUAAAUGCCCAACACGCAAUCGAGCGUUAUCAGGAACAAUAUCCCGCAUUCCAAGAUUCUAGAGAAUAUAAACUAAUAAAGGUACUUCCUCCUCGAUCGCUUUAAUUUUGUAAAGUUUAGAAAAAAAUAAUUUC